CCUGGCCACUCACUUUGUGAUGUCUCGCGUGGGGGGAAAUGCUUUGAAUACCUGCGACAUGGCAGCGAGCAUUGAUUGUCAAGAUUGACAGCACCAGAGAGAGAGAGAGGGAGCGAGCGAGAGAGCGAGAGUGUUGGAAAAAGAGGGAGGGAGAUAAAGAAGAGAGCAACAAAAGCUUUACUUGUACUUUUGGACAGCUCAAGUUGGCCGAACGCGUGCGGGACCUUCUCUCAUUCUGAUGCCGGCGCCGCUUUGACACCCAGAAAGACAACAACAAAACCUAUUAGAAGACUUUUCAAGUUGAAGCAACUCCACUUGUCUUUUUUUUGUUGUUACGACGCGGAGGAGACCCACGCGCGCCACAUGCUCCUCGACUUACGUCGUCAAGGUUAUUUACAUGAAUUCAAAAUCAACGUGCCAGUGAGUAGCUGGAAACUGGGGAGCGAGUCUUUCAGUUUUUAACCCCACACGCUGACAUGGAAGGCUUUCUUCGUAGCAGCUUUUUACUGAGCAGAGUCAUGUCUUCCAAGCAAGCCACAUCUCCUUUUGCCUCUGUGGUUGAUGGAGAUGAUGCCAUGAGCCAGGACCACUUGUCUUGGGAAAAAGAGGAGACGGCUGACGCCCACUGCACACCACAGCUGCCGCUGCACAAUCUGCUCCAUGGAAAAGCCCACCCAGAUGAAAUUCAGCCGCUGAGCAGUGUACCGCCAGAGAAUGACUGGGACAGUUUGGUAUCUGCCCAGCAGCGCAUGGAAUCUGACAGCAAUAAAGUAUGCUCCUUGUACUCCUUUCGCAACAAUUCCACUUCCCCACAUAAGCCUGAGGAGGGGGCCCGGGAGCGAGGCGACCUGCUGAGUGCAUCAGCAUUUGGAACUCCGGAGCGCCGCAAAGGAAGCCUGGCAGACGUUGUGGACACACUGAAGCAGAAGAAGUUGGAGGAGAUGACAAAGACAGAGCAAGACGAUUCAUCCUGCAUGGAGAAACUACUCUCUAAAGACUGGAAAGAGAAGAUGGAGAGGCUCAACACAAGCGAUCUUCUAGCCGAUGUAAAAGGUACUCCAGAGAGCCUGGCAGAGAAGGAACACCAACUCUCUACAAUGAUUAGUCAACUGAUCAGCCUACGAGAGCAGCUCCUGGCUGCCCAUGACGAACAGAAGAAGCUGGCUGCUUCACAAAUGGAGAAACAAAGGCAGCAAAUGGAGUUGGCUCGUCAGCAGCAAGAACAGAUUGCUAGACAACAGCAGCAGCUUCUGCAGCAGCAGCACAAGAUCAACCUUCUACAGCAGCAGAUCCAGCAGGUCCAGGGUCACAUGCCUCCGCUCAUGAUCCCCAUUUUUCCACACGACCAACGCACUCUGGCAGCAGCCGCCGCCGCCCAGCAAGGCUUUCUCUUCCCUCCGGGAAUGUCUUAUAAACCAGGUGAUAACUAUCCUGUGCAGUUCAUUCCCUCUACAAUGGCAGCUGCGGCAGCGUCAGGACUCAGCCCCCUCCAGCUGCAGCAACUGUACGCCGCCCAACUUGCCAGCAUGCAGGUCUCUCCUGGAGCCAAGAUGCCUCCACUCCCACAGCCCCUCAAUGCCAGUGGGCCCAUUUCCCCCUCCUCUCUGAAGAAUGACAAGAGUUCCUCCAGCCCUAUCACUCAAGUCAAGGAGGAAGGAACACAGCCGCUCAAUCUUUCAGCUCGCCCAAAGACGACAGACAUGGUCAAGUCUCCGACUUCCCCCACGCAAAACCUGUUUCCCGGCUGCAAAGGCAACCCCAACAGUUUCGCAAACAAGGGCGGUAUCCCCAGCCCGCUCGGAGGAGGCCUUGGCCGUGGCUCCUCGUUAGACAUCCUGUCCAGCCUCAACUCUACUGCAUUGUUCGGGGACCAGGACACAGUAAUGAAGGCCAUCCAGGAGGCUCGAAAAAUGAGGGAGCAGAUUCAGAGAGAACAGCUGCAACACCACCAGCAGGGCAUGGAGGCGAAGCUGUCUGCCCUCACCUCAGUCGGCCUCAACAACUGCAGGGUUGAUAAGGAACGGGCCCAUUUUGAAGGACUCGGGCACCACCUUGGCAAGCUGGCUGAAGAUGGGAAAAUUGGGCACAGAGUAAUUGAUCUGACCAGGCCUGAGGAUCUUGACGGAGGCGCUGGAUCAGCCGAGGCGCGAGUCUUCAGGGAGUCAAGAGGGAGGAACAGCAACGAACCGCACAUUAAGAGGCCGAUGAAUGCGUUUAUGGUGUGGGCCAAAGACGAGCGACGCAAGAUCCUUCAGGCCUUCCCGGACAUGCAUAACUCAAAUAUAAGCAAGAUUUUAGGCUCCAGGUGGAAGUCAAUGUCCAACCAGGACAAACAGCCGUACUAUGAAGAGCAGGCCCGCCUGAGUAAGCUCCAUUUAGAGAAGUACCCCAAUUAUAAGUACAAACCACGGCCUAAGAGGACUUGCAUCAUCGAUGGCAAAAAGCUGCGCAUCGGGGAAUACAAACAGAUGAUGCGCUCACGGCGGCAAGAGAUGAGGCAGUUCUUCACUGUCGGGCAACCACCACAGAUUCCCAUCACCACGAGCGCCAACAUGGUCUACCCUGGAGCCAUCGCCAUGGCAACGACGACACCCUCACCGCAGAUGACGUCGGAGUGCUCAAGCGCAUCGGCGAGUCCUGAGCCGACCAUCCCCGUCAUCCAGAGCACUUUCAACAUGAAGCUGGAGGCCAACAACAUGGCCAACAACAGCGAGCCGGUCAACGGCGAGGACGACAUGGACAUGUACGAAGACUUUGAGGACGAGCCCAAAUCAGACUACAGUAGUGAAAAUGAAACACAAGAGCCAGUCAGCGCCAACUAACGGACGUCCCCAAGUUUUAAAACGGCACCACCGAGGUUUGACAGUAUUCAAGAGGAGGACGAAAAGAUGAUACAAGACAGAAUGUGGCUUCCGUAAAUCAACAAAAAGCUAUUUGGUCUUAAGCGUUUCUUCGUGUGUGUGUAGCUAUAUAUAUCUUUCUUUUUUCUAAAUGUCAUUUUCUCAUGUCAUUGUGAUCAAAGGCAUCUAAAACAAAACGGCUGUGACCUAGAACAUGCAGAACUUGAAAUCAAACAUUUGCUCGUUUUUAUUGUUAUUGACCUUGUUUCCGAACCGUUUUGGGACAUGACAUAAAUGUCUCGCUCAGGUAUAGUGUGCCAGCCAACAGCUUGUGAAUGUGUCUGAUCAUCAUGGCGACAUUACCAGUAAAAAAGGUCACAUAGUUCCAACAUGCAUCAGUAUCAGUAAAAUGUAUGCUAUUAAACUCCUUGAGCUUCAGUGCCAAACAAGUAACACCGAUUAAGAGAGAAAUUAAUAACAAAUAAUCAGAAUGCAUUAUCUUUCCAAAUUAGGAAGUGCUCCCUGUAAUCAUGAACCCAAUCCGCUCAAGACAAAGCGGUACCACAUCGUCACUCGCUCUUUCCCAAUUCUACUAGCCAUUCCCAGUCAGCAAUGUUUUAAUCUGAGUGGUUGUAAUCAGGCCAGAAUGCUCCAGGGCCAACAGGCCGCCAAUCCGCCGGAUUGGAAGAGCGGCGAAAGGCAGCUUUGGAGGCAUUACAAUCUCAAAUUGUGUAGCGACACAUUCUCUUAAACGCUUUAGCCCCAUUUAGAGGGCAAGUUUAAAGUCUUAGCUCCUAAACUUUUUUUUCUUUUUAAUUAUUUUUUUUCAACAUUGUAAAUCUUAAACGGACACUAAGAAGUCUUAAAGCAGAGCACAGUCAUUGGGUCGAUGCAAUGACUUGAUUACUGGUGCAGUCUUAAGACGUGAGGACAUUUGUACAAUAGAUAACCUAAAACAUUAGUCAAGUGCACUUAUUCUCAUUGUGUCCUCUUUUUAAACCACACAUUUCUCAACCAGAGCAAUGUUUUUGUCUCCUCCAGGGGUGUCCAAUUUUUUUUUUUUCACAGAGGGCUACAUUCAGAAAAAGGGAAAAAUGCAAGGGCCAAAUACAUUCUUCUCCUUUUGACGUGACAUGCUAAAACCAAUCCAUCAGUGUACGUAGAUAUGAAAUAAUACGAUUGAUUUAUUGAUUUCAAAACCAGCUAGACAAUAGAGUAAAAAGUCACAGAAUGAUAAAAAUCAAGAAAAAUGAAAGUGUUGAAAUUUCUAAGCUACACACCCCCAAUUGAGAAGAACAGUCUUCAGCUUUGCACAUUUUCAUUACUUAUCUAUACAGCUUCCAUUACCACCUGUUUUCUGAACAGCCAAAGCCAUAUUGCGAUGAAAACUAUACUGUAUAUCAAGUUCAAGUCUACCAACCAAGAAAAUAGGCUAAUUUUAUUCAUAACUCCAGGGAAAAAACUUAUUGUUUUCAUUUCUUGAGUAAUCAGCAGUAGAUGUAGGUGUUUGGUUUCAAACAUAAAAUAUAGAUAUUUCCCCCAAAAACCUCUCAAGUAAAUUCACUAAUUAGGCCGAUUUCAUUCCUAAAAUGGUGCGUUGCUGCCGUCUGCUGGCAGUUGUGCAUUAGUUAAAUUGGUUCCACACUUGAAAUUACUAGUGCGGUAGUGUCAGAGCCUCCCUCACCCAUGCCUGUUGAAAAACAUGCACCUCUACAAAAUUACUGUUAAAAAGCUCAUAUAUGAACUUAUGUGUUCUGUGGCCAUUGCUUGGACACCCCUGGUAUUUGCUGACAAGUGACCUCCAUGGCUCGAUAAAGCUCUCGAGCAGUCAAAGCCUCCAUUUUAGACUCAGAUCCUCUUUAUAGGGCACAAGGUUUUAAGUGGCUCCCCCCACCCCUGCUCCCAACGCCCAGCUCUGACCCCCACCCGGAAUAACCCGAGUCCACAGGGGGCGCCAUCUGGCUCGGAGAAAACACACAAGGCCAACAAUAGAAGCAAAGGUGUGCGUCCUUCCAUCAAAGUGCUGGAUGUGAGGCCUCCAUGGGGCCAGCGCCACGGCCCCGUCAUCGGCCGCUGGCGAGCAGAUGGAACAAGUACAUCAAGCUGUGGGGGAUUAUUAAAAUGACUGACGACUGGAUAUCAUGUGAAAUGCACCAUUAUUAAUGCAUGACUUCAGUUAUUCUCCCCGCUCGCCCUUGAAUCUGUUCAUUUUUGAUCCCGCCGGCCGAUCACUGGAUCUCCCCACGCUCGCAUCACUUCAUCCCAAUUAGGAGGCAUCCGUCUCUUGUCUUCAUUAUUAUUUAUUGUCAUUCUUUUCUGAAUUUAAGCUACAACUGAAUUUACAGAGUGCAUCUCCUGACAACUUGUGUUCCUCCAGGCUGCUGGUGGUUGAAAUGAUUUGUAUGUGAUUGUAAAUAUCGUCAAUAUGACCAUGCCUCACACGUUCAGUGGGGGCUAACUACAAAGGACUGAAACUUGACCCCUCCUCAUGUGGCGAAAAGACAAGGAAGAAGAAAAAAAUAAUAAGACGAACUCAUAAAGGAGACGCUGUUUCACAAGUGUUUAAAGCACUGGAUAUAAAUUGUAUUUUUGAUCAAUUCUGAUUAAUGUGAAUCUGUUUGAAGAAGAAAAAAAUACACAAUGAAUUAACUAAAGUCCCCAUAUGUGCUCAAGUGGGUUUGCUCUCACAGUUGCCAGAUUUUAAUACUUUUGUGUUUGUUUUUAAGGUCUAUUUAGUUUAUUUAUGCAAAUACACAUGUGUGACGGAUGAACACUUUUGAGGGGGGAACUUCAAAUUUGACAGCAGGCUUCCUUUAGCCAGAAAACACCAGUGUUGUGUAUGACUCUAUUAACUAGUUGUAUCUAUUACGAGUUACAAGAAUUGUCACUAAAAUAACAAAAAGGACAAUCAGAGAACCACAAUGGGAAUGAAACAUGUUUAUUAAUUGGAAGUUUGGAAAUUCACCAUCUUAUUUCAGAUGUUAAUUGUACAUAUAUGCUGGGGCGGAAAAAAAUCUAUUUUUAUUUGAUUAUUUUGGCAAGUGUGAGUUAUGUCUGUGGCUAAUCUAUUUGAAUUUCUUUUCAUCGAUCUAUUUGAGUACACGUUUGAAAAAAAAAAAUCAUUGUACUGAGCUGAAUUACGAUCACAUGUCUGAGUUCUGAUAAUCAUCCCUGGGCUAAUUAAAAUCUUUCAAUCAAAAUAUGUCACAGUGAUGCCAUGAGAUAUGACUUAAAUUAACUUGGUAACCAUAGAAAUGACAAUUUGUUUUUGUUUUAUAACCAUUAAAAAGAUAAUUGUCACCAGCUGCAAAAUGGUUCAUAGAUGUAAAGUGAGUUGAGUUCACUUUAAUCAUACUGUACUCAAAUCUUUUGCUUGAAAGUCGAAACAAAACAUAAUAAAAAAAAAAAAAAAACUAAAAUAAAAUAAUUUUUAAAAAUCCAGCUCAAUGACAAUUUGGACCUCCCCCAAAAAAUGUCAAGGCACCACUGUAUCACUCUUCCAGUCGCGUAAAAGAGGAGUAUUCAUUUCAACAUGAAGCACUUGAUAUUAAUAAAUUGAUUCUAAUCAUUGUACAAGCAUACAGCACUAAGACAAAAACAGCCGUGUAUUUACUUUACCAACAAGUGUGAUUGUUUUCAACAUGCUGUUUUCUAUCAUAUGAAAAGUGGGAAUGUGCAUAUAUUUAUUUGUGGCAAAAUGCUGUUCUCUUCUUGCCAACUUUCUUCUUGUAUUUUCAAUGUGUUCUCUUAAUUCUCCAUGCAAAUGGUUAGAAUGAACAACUAAGGACAAAAAGCGCAUAUGCUGGUUCAAUCUUUUUACUGUAAUUUUUUAUUUUUUAACUUUUUUUUUUGGAGCAAGGAAAAUGGUGAGAAUGUUGUGUGUGUUAAUUUAAUCAGCACAAUUCACUGACAUGCUGGACUGAUGUGCUAGCUGCUGUUCAAAAGGGCAACAUUUUAUUUAGUGUUGUUCUAGAGGUACUUGUUGCUUUUUAGUUGUUUCUUAAGCAACACUGUGUCAGGCUCUUCCAUCACCCGAGCCUUGAUUUUUUUUUUUUUUUUUUUAACACCGCUGGCAAUCUGCGUAAAUAUAUAAAUAUACCUUUUUUCACCUGGCAGGUACCUACAGUAGGCAAAUGGAAAGUAUUGUUUGCGUGUUUUAGAGAGAAAACAAAUUACAUAGUGUCUGUUGCUGCUUUAAAAAAAAAAAAAACUAUGUCUGAAUAUGUAAAUAGUUUAUCAUAAUAUCUUGUACAGUUCAAUGUAAAGUUUUUAAUUCAACUUAAUAAUGUUGCCAUCAUUGUGUUCACAUUCUUUAUACAUGAAAAAAGAUUAUUUGUUAGGUGAUAUUGCUAAAAGAACAAAAUGUUUGUUUCCUAUGUUUAUUUGGCUUCCUAGUGUCCACCAGCAGCUCUUUGUUUCCAUGUGCAGUAUUGACGUGUGCUAAACUUAACUCAUUAGAUGCCAUUGACGGCGAAAGACGUCCAAUCCAUUUUGACUGUCAAUGGCAGUGGAUCAUUUGACAAUGUGUGCGUGUGAGUGCGUGUGUGCAAUCUCCCUGGCUUUUUUAGUAUUACUUGCAGAAAGUCAAAACCAAGACAUGAUGCAUAAAUGACAUAUUUGGAUGCAUAUAGGCAUCAUUGAAAUGUGCAUACUGUAUAAAAAUAAGGAACUAAAUGAUGCUGGCAAGAAUCAGUUCAGGCAUUUGAUGGUGUAAUAGCAUUUCUCUAUGUGUCAGUCCAUUGUAACAAUAUGACAGGAGGCUGACUAGCAGCCUGUUUACUCAUUUACCUCAAAAAGUUCCCCCAUUUGUGUAAAAGAGAAGAAAAUUGUGUUGCAGAGAGCUUCUCACAUCACUCCAUCUUUUGUACUGCUGUUGACACUUACACAUUAA